CAGCUGAUCAGCUGUUGUUGUUAUCAAUCAAUCGUUCGUUUGCCGUUUUCUUUGGAAUUAUUUAACUUAAAUAUAUAAAAAGACAAAUGUCUGUAAAGCUAUAAGUAGGAGAAACAAACAUGGCGCAGUCUAUUAGAAUAAUUCUCCCUAAAUUCAAUUUAAAUAAACCCACUUAUUUUAAAGGUUAUGUCAACAUUUCGGAGAAAAAAGAAUUAGUUAUUUAUAUUACCGAAUAUUCAAUAAACUAUAAAGACAUCACGAAUGAAGAAAGUGAUAAAGAUAAUGUAAUUACUGGAUAUUGCAAUGCCUGUCCGCGGCACAGGGGCAUGGAUGUUGUUCAUAAAAAUACCCUGGUGCUAGAGACACGUGAAGGACUAUGCGUUAAAGAAAUGACUCUUAAUGGGAAAAAUGUUGACAAAAGAGAUAACUGCAUCAUAAUGCUUUAUGAUCAUGAAAAGUUUAAAUGCACAGAAACAAUUAGUGACUCUAUGGACUAUUUUUCUGAAUUACAAUAUUUGCUGAAAGAUGAGUCGAAUCGGUUAAACAUUUGUAGUUUCGAGCCUGUGCUAAGAACGCCUUAUUGGUUAUCAUCAUCAAUGUUCAUCCAACAUAUGCUUAAUUAUGUUAAUUUAGUCAAUUGGUUAAUAAGCACUGUGAAGCGGGACAAAAAAGUUACAAUAAAACAAGGCAAUUUAAUACUAGCAAUUUUAACAGAUGUGGCUUUAGGGUACUUCAUAUUAGGAUUAUUAACUCAGGAAAAGAAAGAACUUAGUGCUAUGCUAAUGGGAAUUUUAGAGAAAUUAGUAAAUCUACUAUAUUCUUUAUUAAAAUGGCUGAUGGGCUCCCCUGCUGGUCUAAAAUUGAACAAUGCAUUCAACAAAAUGCUGGGAAAAUAUUUCUCAUACCACAUACAACUGUGGUGGUUGUUUUUAGAUGUUACUGGUGAAAAGUUGGAUAUUAUAUUGCAUGUGUACCAUUAUCUGGGAUAUUUAGGACUUACAUUCCAAGCUGCAAUUAUUUCUGAUAUGAUAUGUGUAGCCACAUUUCAUUCUUACUGCAUCUAUGUAUAUGCAGCCAGGCUGUUCAAUAUCCAAAUAUCAGGAUUAGUUGCUUUGAUGAGGCUGUUUGUUGGUAGAAAGUACAACCCACUAAGAGGAGGCAUAGACUCAUGUGAAUAUACAAAUCAAGAAUUAUUUGUGGGUACUGUUGCCUUUACAAUACUGUUGCUAUUACUGCCAACAACUACCAUGUAUUACAUCGUAUUUACCUUAUUCAGAUUAUUGUCACUGGGAAUGCAGUACAUCUUAGCAAAGCUGAUAUAUUUAGUGCAGACGUUGCCACUAUAUGUUGUAACUUUGUGGUUGGCGCGUUCUCCUCGUGUAGCAGGCGACAUCUUAUUGGAAGUUGAAUGUUACGAAGAAAGUUCUCCUUUACUUCUAAGAGUCAAACUAUUCAACAAGUCCCUUCAAGAAGUGGUAAACAACUUCAAGCCGCCAGUAGAGGCUCCAAAACACUUUGAAUGGACCAAUCUGCUCUCCAAUGUAGUGGUAGGAAAACAAAUCAUUUGAUAAGUAUUAGGCCUAUGAAUAAGGUAUUUGUCUGUGAUGUAUAUUUUUACAAUAAAACCCACGAAAUGUC